ACGUUCGAAAUUAUUUCCCGCCUUUCUAGCCGAUAUUGGCUCUCUGCGAGAAGCUCACUUUGCCUUUUCACUGCCAAGUGCAACUUGAGCUUCCACCUGCCAUUUGACAUGCCGUGCGCAUUGGCCAUCGAGACAACGUACCUCCACAUGCCGACGUCAACGCGCAGUCCGCCCGCGUCGCCCAAGACCUCCCGCCGUGCACGCCUCCAAUCGCUCGACGAGAGCCCGGCCAUGCUCUUGCAAGCCAAGCAGCGAAAGGCUCUCGAGGCCAACCCGGCAUUCCGCCAGCUCAUGCGACCGGUCCGCGCGGCCAAAUGGACGUUGCUGCCGUAGUGAAUGGGCUGCCUUUUUUAUUUAGAUCUCGACUAUCCAUGCUAUAUACACUGCUCGUAUGACACUGUUGUA